AUGGCGGACUCAUCCCUAAAGGAUCGUUUGCGCGACCAUUCCGAGGCUUUCGACAGCCUGCUGUCCUUGAUUCCAGCAAAACUCUACUAUGGCGAGGACACAAGUGAUCAGUGGCAGAGAAAGAAGCAGACCAAGGAGCAGGCCAGAGCUGCCAAGCGGAGCAAGCUGGAUCCAGACAGCGCGCUGAACCGGAAUGCCAAGGAGGUUCUGGACGAACGGGUCCGGAAUAAACGCAAGGCACAGGAGCUCGAGCCAAGUGAGGAUGGAAGCGCCGAAGACGACGACGAUGCCCAGGAGCUAGAGCUGCGUGGCAUCAGCAAGGAGGCACCGGGAGAAGGCCUCAAGAAGCGGAAAGUGGUUGAUGACGAUACGACCGAGACAGCCAAGGUAGCCCAGCCCACGGCAAACGACGAGGCGAAGACGGGCAAAUUAUCGGCACAUCAGGAGAGGAAAUCAGCGAAGAAGCAGAAAAAGGCAGAAAAGAAUGCCGAGAAGAAGAAGACAAAGACGAAAGCGCUCGACAAGGGCGAGACGGUCGAGGAAGACGGCUCUGCAAAAAGGCAGGAAGAUGACCCAACGACACCAGACGAUGUGAGGCAGUCGAAGGAGGUAGUGGACGAAGGAGAGACGAAACCACACAAGGACAUGAGGCCUAUCGAUGUGUCGGGCUUGACGGAAGAGGACGCAAAUCACACAUCAUCGUCCCAAGCAUCAUCACCUUCGUCUCCGACCUUCGACACGGCUGUACCCGACGAGCCAUCCGCUGAGCCUGAAAGCACCACAACUUCAAUAGCCAGCGAGAACACACCCGCAGACAAGUCCAGAAAGAUCAAAGUCCCUUCUGACACCACCGAGCUCCGCGCCCGUCUGGCCGCCAAGAUCGCGGCCUUGCGCGCCGCCCGCAAGGCGGACGGACCCGACGGCAAGCCGAUUCGGACGCGAGAGGAAUUGAUCGAGUCGCGGCGCAAGAAGCUGGCUGAGCGCAAGGCCCACAAGAAGGAGCUUCGACAGAAGGCCAAGGAAGCCGAGGACAAGAAACGCGAGGAGGCGCUGGCCAGUGCGCGGAACUCGCCAAUGCUUAGCUUCGGCUCCCCGGAACAUGACCUGAAUUUCUCAUUUGGACGGGUGGCGUUUGCGGACGGCACCCAAAUGUCUCACGAUUUGACCUACACGAAGGACAAGAGCGGCAAGAAAAAGGGCCCCGUGGACCCCAAGGGUGCGCUUGCAAAGCUGGAAGCGCAAAAGAAGCGAUUGGCAGAGCUGGACGACGCCAAGCGGAAAGAAGUAUUGGAGAAGGAGACUUGGCUUGCGGCCAGAAGGAGGGCCGAAGGUGAGAAGGUCCACAACGACGAGUCCCUGCUCAAGAAGGCAGUCAAGCGCAAGGACAAGGCCAAGAAGAAGAGCGAGAAGGAGUGGACAGAACGUGUACAGGGCGUACAGAAGGCACAGAAGCAGCGCCAGCAGAAGCGCGAAGAAAACAUCCGCAAACGCAAGGAGACCAAGCAGGCGGGCAAGGGAGGCAAGAAGAAGGGCGGCGGAAAGUCUACAGCCAAGAAGAGCCGCCCCGGCUUUGAGGGCAGCGGGUUUGGCAGGAGAAAGUAA